CUUCUGAAGCUGGGGAGGCUGGCGUUUGAACAUCUGGAGAAAGGAAACAUCAUGUUCUACCAGGAAGACCUGGAGCAGUGUGGUCUUGAUGUCACGGAGGCCUCGGUGUUCUCAGGAGUUUGUACAGAGAUCUUCAAAAGAGAGAGUGUGAUCUUCCACAAAACAGUCUACUGCUUUGUUCAUCUGAGUGUUCAAGAGUUUCUGGCUGCAGUCUACAUGUUCCACCGUUUCACAAACAGGAAGACAGAGGUACUGAAGGACUUCAUGGGAAAAUACUACAAGUAUUCAUCCCUGGAGGACUUCCUGAGGAGAGCCAUGGUGAAAUCCCUUGAAAGUAAAAAUGGCCACCUGGACCUGUUUGUCCGCUUCCUUCAUGGCCUCUCUCUGGAGUCCAACCAGAGACUCUUAGGAGGCCUGCUGGGUCAGACAGACAACAGUCCAGAAACCAUCCAGAGAGCCAUCAAUAACCUGAAGAAGAUGAACAGUUAUGAAGUCUCUCCUGACAGAAGCAUCAACAUCUUCCACUGUCUGAUGGAGAUGAAGGAGCUCUCAGUACAUCAGGAGAUCCAAGAGUUCCUGAAGUCAGAGAAUAGAUUGGAGAAGAAACUCUCAGUGAUCCAGUGCUCAGCUCUGGCCUACAUGCUGCAGAUGUCAGAGGAGGUUGUGGAUGAUUUGGACCUGAAGAAGUACAAGACAUCACUGGAGGGACGACGGAGACUGAUUCCAGCUGUGAGGAACUGCAGAAAGGCUCGACUAACUGCCUGUGAUCUCUCAGAGACUCUCUGUGAAGUUGUGGCCUCAGCUCUGAAGUCCAACCCCUCCCAUCUGAGAGAGCUGGACCUGAGUCACAACUACAACCUGUAUGAUUCAGGAGUGAAGCUGCUGUCUGCUGGACUGGAGAGUCCACACUGUCGCCUGGAGACUCUGAGGUUGAGGACCUGCAGUUUGUCAGAGAUCAGCUGUUCUUCUCUGGCCUCAGCUCUGAAGUCCAACCCCUCCCAUCUGAGAGAACUGGACCUGAGAGGAAACAAGCUGCGGGAUUCAGGAGUGAAGCUGCUGUCUGAUCUUGUGGAGAGUCCUCACUGUAGACUGGAGACUCUGAGGAUUAACUACAAGUUGAUCACAGCUGACAUACCCACAGUAUAACGAACUGAAUGUGCAAGAAAAGCUGCCCGAGGACGACAAAUAGGUCCAGGUGUCCUGGUCCAGGCGUGUUCCAGUGUGCUUUGACUGGACUGGUGUUUGUUAGGGCUCGGGAGGCGGAGCUGCUGUACAGGACUGUCCAAUGGGAUGAGAGAAAUAACACCUCAAACACCUGACGAACUGAUGCCUCCAAAAACCCCAAUCAUCAGCAGAUCCACUUUAAUUUGUCACAUCGCACGUAUCUCAUGCCAAGUGUUUUAAUGUAAAUUAAAGCAUAGAAGGAACAACAGCGUAAAGUACAUGAACCUGAAGACCAGCAGGAGGUUCUAACAUGUUUCUCGUAUGAGUGGCGUGAGUUACUCAAGGGGGGAAUGUGGGAGAAAAUUAUAUUUGUGUCGAAGUAUAUUUGUGUAAAAUCCAUCAUAUCCAUAAUUUUAAAUGUAUCCAUGUAUAUUCACAUUCACACUGUGAUAUUGGCCGGUAUCAUUGUCAUGUUAUUCACGUCACUGAGACAGGGAGUCUCCUAUGACGUAUGACGUAUUUCUAACGGAGGGAAAGACAGGAGCCGGUCGCUGUGACGGGCAGCCAGAGGUGGAAUGAGGAGAAGACAAGUGGGGAGGAGACUGUGGUUCAUCAACCCUCUGUUAUGUUGUCCGAGGUGCACAGUGUAACUUGAUGAAAGUUCAGAGGAGGACGACAUCGCCGAAGUGGGGGAAGACUUAGUGUAGAAUGGAGGUAUCAAUAAUGUACAGUGCUAUUGUGAAGUUGGUUGACUCCGGACAGCUCGGUUUACUUGUAUACUUUGUGAUGUAAAUAAAUC